UUUAAUCGUGACCCUUCAGUCUGUUUAGAAGAAACCUGGUGAAACUUGAAGUCUCUGAUAACAGACUGAGACGUGGGCGUUCCUGUCGGUCAUUUUUUCUCUGAAAGUCAACCACAAACAGGAAAUGACAUCAUCACAUACAGAGCUAUAAGGAACUCUUCAACAUUCGCCUGCAGACCCAGAAUGACACAGAAUGGCUCGACCAGAAUUUAUUCUCAUUUUUCUUCUUCAGUUUAAAGCAGCCAUCAGUGGAGAUCGCUAUCUCUAUUACAGAGUUGGAAAUGAUGCCACUCUGCACUGUGAUGCUGUAAAUCCAUCUGAAACAAGAUGCUUCUCCAUUAACUGGCUUUACAACGGAUAUACAGGCUCUCUGACGUCAUUCAAGGUUCGUAGAGGAGAUGUUAAUCAGAAGUCACCUGGAGCAGACAGACUGAGUCUGAGCAGAAACUGCUCUCUGAUCAUCAACAACAUCACUGCUGAGGAUGCUGGUCGUUACACCUGUCGGAUUAGGGAAACCACUGCGUUUGACACAUUAGUGCAUCCAAGUAUCCUGACCAUCUCUCCAUCUCCGCCAGACUCUGAUCCAAAGACAGACGAUGAGGUCACAUUAACAUGCUCUCUGUUGAUAUACGACAAUCGUUGUCCACUGAACAGCAUCCGUUGGGUGGAUGAAAAAGGAGCUGUGCUGCUUGGUGAAGGUGUCGGGUUCAAGUUUAAUGGACAGACAGGCUGUGAUUCUCUUCUGACUGUGAAGCAUCAGAGCGACCACAACAGAACAUACACCUGCCAGUUUAUUGAGAAAGACAGUGUGAAGAUAGAGGCUCACUACACACUUGUUUUAAAAGAUGGAAUCCACAACACCAUCAUCAUCAUCGUCGGUGUCGUGGUCGGGAUGCUGGUGGUGCUGGUCGUCAUCGCUGCUGUUCUCAUCAAUUGCAGGAGGCGAGGCAAAGUGACGGAGGGUCAGUAA